UCAGGAGGGAGGCAGCAGCUCCAUUCAGCCCAGCUCCUGGCCCCUGCUGUGGGAAGGAAUCUAUCCCCUCACCAUGGCUUCGCUGGGGCAGAUCAUCUUCUGGAGUAUUAUUAGCAUCAUCGUUAUUCUGGCUGGAGCAAUUGCACUCAUCAUUGGCUUUGGUAUUUCAGGGAAACAUUUCAUCACAGUCACUACCUUUACCUCAGCUGGGAACAUUGGAGAGGAUGGAAUCCUGAGCUGCACUUUUGAGCCUGAUAUCAAACUUAAGGAUAUAGUAAUACAAUGGCUGAAGGAAGGUGUCAUGGGUCUGGUCCACGAGUUCAAAGAAGGCAAAGAUGACCUGUCAGACCAGCAUGAAAUGUUCAGGGGCCGGACGGCAGUGUUUGCUGAUCAAGUGAUAGUUGGCAAUGCUUCCCUGAGACUGAAAAAUGUGCAACUCACAGAUGCUGGCACCUAUCAGUGCUACAUUGUCACUUCUAAAGGCAAAGGAAAUGCUAACCUUGAGUAUAAAACUGGAGCCUUCAGUAUGCCAGAGGUGAAUGUUGACAAUAAUGCCAGUUCAGAGAGCUUGCGCUGUGAGGCUCCCCGAUGGUUCCCUCAGCCCACAGUGGUUUGGUCAUCCCAAGCUGACCAGGGCGCCAACUUUUCACAAGCCUCCAACACCAGCUUUGAGUUGAACUCUGAGAACGUGACCAUGAAAGUUGUGUCCAUGCUGUACAAUGUCACAGUCAACAACACUUAUUCCUGUAUGAUUGAAAACAACAUUGCCAAAGCCACAGGGGACAUCAAAGUGACAGACUCUGAGAUCAAAAGGCGGAGUCACCUAGAGUUGCUGGACUCAAAAGCUUCCCUGUGUGUCUCUUCUUUCUUUCUCAUCGGCUGGGUACUCUUGCCACUCUUCCCUUACCUGACGCUGAAAUAAUGUGCUUUGGCCACACAAAAACAUGUAAAGUUAUUGGCGUAACAGAAUCCCAGGAAUCUGCCAAACUAUUUUACCUCAAGAUAUAUUUCUGGGGGGGAAAGAAUUCAUACGUAGAAGUCUGGAGUGAACAAACACGAAAAAAGAAAACAAAAGCAACCCUUACAAGACUCCAAUAUGAACAAGAUAGAUCUACCUUCAAAGACAUAUGUGAAAAGUUGGGAAAAUCAUACACCUGAACUAGAAAAAUGUAUUAAGAUUUCAUGUGAAAAUAACUAUAUGCCCACAUCUCAGGGACCUCCCCUUACCCAUCACCUCCUGGGGAGUGAGAGGGUGGGAUAUGGUAUCUCUCCAAACCCAUAGUUAUAUGUGCUAUAAUGUUGCUCUGAAGGAGUUCUCGGAAAGUUUCAGUCACCACAUGUUCACGUCUUAUAGCCUGCAAAUUAAACUGUAGUAUAUGCUUUAAGGAGCUGUCAUUUCAGCUGUCAUUUCACAACUCAGUGACUGUAUUUUUAGUAAGAUUCAAAUGAUUCACUUUUCAUUAUGACGCUUUCAAUAGUGCCUUGGCUUCUCCCACCUGAAUAAUGACAAAGAUAUGAAAUGCAGUUAUAAGUCCAGGCCAAACAAAGUAAUUGGGCAACGCUGAUUUUUCUAAAUAAUGUGAGCACCUUUUUUGAACAAACAAAUGUCAUUUUACUUCUGAAGUUAUGUUGACCUGUAAAUGGCACAGGGCAGGACCUCUUACCUAAGUGGCAGCAUGUCACAGGCAUCUAUUUUUUGUCUUGUAUGAACAGUUUUAACCUCAGCUUUCAACAGACUCUAGAGCAGUGGAGGUAAACCUAUGGCAUGCACAUCAUAGAGGGCUGUUUGUAUCACUGAAAGUUUUAAAUGGUUUGUCAUCAUUGAUCUAGAGCACUAGCAUUCAACUUGGGUGAUUUUAUUUCUUCUCUGAUCUCCAAGGAGGCAUCUGUCAAUAUGUGAAGACAUUUUUAGUUGUCAGACUCUGGAAAGAUAGAGGACUGUGCUAGUGGUACCUAGUGGAUAGAGUCCAGGGAUGCUGCUCCACAUCCAACAAUGUGCAGGACAUCUCCCCACAACAAAGAAUCAUGCAGUCCCAAAUGUCAAUCAUUCCCAAGAAACUGACAGAGUAGAAAAAAAGAGCAAGCAAAUCUGCUUGCUUCCUGAAAACUGGGCAUUGGUUUCUGUCUCUUUGACUACUGCUUCAGCACAGAGAGCAAGAUCUUUUGCUGAACUUAGUCUACAGGAUGUCUGAAAUUCUUGAUGGGAUUAUCUUCAGUUCAUUGAGCUUCCAAGUUCUUUUCCCUUCACCCUAUCCUGCAAGCUGAGUUCCACAAGAAAGCUAAGUUUCAUCUCAAGGUCUCUCACUGUGAAUUUUAGAUCUCAGAAAACUGCCUGGGCAAAAAUACAAAUUAAGGCAACAAACAUGUCCCCUCCUUGAAACACAGAGAGCCUACUGCGCUUUUCUUUAUAGGGUGCUGGGUAUCAAACCCAGUGCCUUGGAAAUGAUAGGCAAGUACUCUACACCUGAGACUCACCCCAGCCCAUGAAGAGAAUUCUGAAAGAAAUCAGGACAAUGACCCUUGGAAAUAAAGCCUUGAGGAACAAAGCUUUAGUGGAAAGCAAAACAUUUUUGUUUCCAGCACCCUUCCCACACUUUUCAUGUGAACACUUCCCCCCCUGGCACUUUGGACUACCAUGUCUGUAUUAUAUUUUGUUAUA